UUUGGAGGUUGCUAUGUUAAUGCUGCUUGUCUUUGGAAUAUUGCUUCAUGACAUCCCACUGAGUAGCCAAGAUGAGGCUUUUCCAGGGGCCCAUGGCAUUCCUGGUGAACCUUUGUUUAACUAUGCCAGCAUCCGCUUGCCAGAGGAACACAUUCCCUUCUUUUUGUACAAUAAUGGGCAUAUUGCCAUGGUCUGUAAGAAAGACUCCCAUUGUCCUUAUAAGAAACACUUAGAAAAUCUAAAGUACUGCUGGGGCUAUGAGGGAUCCUGCAGACCAGAGUUCAGGUUCGGUUACCCUGUUUGCACCUACGUCGACAUGGGAUGGACAGACAGUCUGGAGUCAGCCCAGGACACGUUCUGGAAGCAAGCUGACUUUGGAUAUGCCGGAGCUCGGCUGCGGGAACUGCAUGUGCUCUGCCAGCCUGAGCAAAUGAAUGACUCAAGUUUGGUAUGUUCCCGUUACCUUCAGUAUUGCAGAGCAGUCAAUCUCUAUCUUGAUUUAAGAAACAUCAAGAGAAACCAUGACAGGUAUUUAAAAGAUUUUCUCCAGACUGGUGAAAUUGGAGGACACUGUAAACUUGACAUUCAUACAUUAAUGUCGGAAGGUCAGCGCAAAAGCCCUUUACAGUCUUGGUUUGCGGAGCUCCAAAGCUAUACUCAGCUCAACUUCAGACCUAUAGAAGAUGCUAAAUGUGACAUUGUUAUUGAAAAGCCAACCUACUUCAUGAAAUUGGAUGCAGGUGUUAACAUGUAUCACCACUUCUGUGACUUUGUCAAUCUUUACAUCACUCAACACUGUACAAAUUCCUUUACUACAGAUGUGUACAUUGUGAUGUGGGACACGAGCUCCUAUGGAUACGGUGACCUGUUUUCUGACACAUGGAAAGCAUUUACUGAUUAUGAUGUGAUACAUUUGAAAACUUAUGAUUCCAAAGGGUUUGUUUUUAAAGAAGUGAUUUUUUCACUACUCCCUCGGAUGAGAUAUGGGCUGUUUUAUAAUACCCCUCUGAUAUCUGGCUGUCAAAAUACUGGAUUAUUCAGGGCAUUUUCCCAGCAUAUACUACACAGAUUGAACAUCACACAAGAGGGACCCAAGGAUGGAAAAAUUAGAGUCACCCUUCUUGCACGGAGCACAGAAUACCGGAAAAUACUAACCAAAAUGAGGUUACUUGUAAACGCACUGAAAACGGUAUCUACAUUUGAAGUCCAGAUUGUCGAUUACAAGUAUAAGGAACUUGGGUUUUUGGAUCAGCUAAGGAUCACCCACAACACAGAUAUAUUUAUUGGAAUGCACGGAGCUGGUCUUACCCAUUUACUUUUCCUGCCAGACUGGGCUGCAGUAUUUGAGCUGUACAACUGUGGAGAUGAGCGUUGCUACCUGGACCUGGCCAGGCUCAGAGGCAUACAUUAUAUCACUUGGCAAAGACAGAACAAAGUCUUUCCUCAAGAUAAGGGUCACCACCCAACUCUGGGGGAACAUCCAAAGUUUACCAACUACUCUUUUGAUGUAGAAGAAUUUAUGUACCUUGUCCUUCAGGCUGCAGACCACGUAUUGCAACACCCAAAGUGGCCAUUUAAGAAAAAACAUGAUGAGUUGUGAAUGUGCUCAGUCUGUUUGCAGAAAGCGGGUGUUUGAGCUCUGCCACUCCCAGUUUAGUCAGUAAAACAAAUGGUAUUUCUUAGCCCUCAAAUGAUCUGUUCUAUACCAAAAUAUGCCUUCAGGAGAUUGCUUAUAGGCUUUUUGCUGUUUCAUGUGAUUUUUGUGUCAUUGCUAUUUAUAAAGAUACUCUUUUUGUAUUGAAAACUUUUACUUUUUGUAGCUCAAAAAUUGGGCAUGGUCUCACUGAGUAACUGAGCUUUCCUCUUAAGUAGUCAACUUUCUUAGCUUUAGAAUUUGUAAAUGUUUUUGUAGAAUACAAUGGGAUUGCUCAUUCCAGAGACUUUCAACUUGUUUAUGAUAUAUUUAAGUUCACAACAGCUUCUAUUUGCCAUAAUUUAUUCAUAGCACUGUUUGUAGUAGGAAAGGAAGACAUGCAACAAACACACAGUUUUGAUUCUCAGUACCAAGCUAUAGGAUCAAGUAAUAGAUCAAACGGUGCUGUAACCAGAUCCUUUUUUACUCUAUCAGAGUCCAAAUUAGCUCCCACUGAAUUCUCUGCUGUAUAUUUUCAGUUGAAGGCAGCUAAUAGAAUCAAGAGCCUGAAUGAAUCAUGCUGCUAUAUUCAUAUGUAUUCACAUAUUUCAUAUGCAAAUCAGUUUCCCCCAAUGCACUACAUACGAUAAAGACAAAUUAGAAUAUUCUUUAGGACUGUUCUGUGUACCUUUUAGCUGGUUUGCACUGGCUCCUUAGCUGUGGAGAGCACUUCCGCAUCAAACCGUGGCCUCCAGUGUGUGCACUUGCUGCUGCGGUGCCUGUGCAUGCACCCACCUCUUUCACAAAGAGGCAUGGCAGUAUUUUUGCAAACUUUAGAUUAGCUAUGUAAGAAGA